AUAAGUAAACAAACAUAGCAACCGCGAUUUUCUUGGUGCUUUCCCAAAACUUCACUUUAAAAGAAAAUUACGCUGAAUUUGAUGAACAAUGGCUGACAAACAAUCCACUGAGGAAGCAACCAAAUCCGUCCAGACUCAGGCAGUGCUCAAAACGACGGAGAAACAGUCGAAAAAGUCGGCGUCAGGAAGUCUGAACUCGGGCUCAGUCGAUGGCUUGGACAAGCAUGAAAACUCGGAAAAGCCCGGCGCCCAGCCCACCGCCUACAGCAUGCGACCGGCCUUUGGAGAGAUGUUUCCCCUGCCCACCAUCAAGAACAUAAUGAACAACGUCAUGGCCGAUAAACUGAAAGACAAAACCUAUGACAAGGACAUCGCCAGGAAGUGGACAAGUGAGAUCGCCGACGAGGUGAACCAGCAGAUAGCCAGCAGCUCGAAGGUGAAGCGGUACAAGCACGUGGUCCAGGUGAUGCUAGGCCAGGAGCUGGGUGCGGGGGCCACCUACAACUCGCGCUGCUGCUGGGACUGCGACUGCGACACCUCCGUCUCCGAGGUCUUCAGCAACACCAGUCUCUUCUGCGUCUGUACAGUGUUUGGAACGUACCAGUACUAGAACCGACUAACCACAGAACUGAUUAGGCUAAGGACCACAUCACUAUAUUUAACUUUAAUGGGUAGGCACCGGGAACAAAGGGAUCAUCACUUUCGAUAGUCGACCUUCGUCGUGCUUCAUUGGAUGCGUACGUUCAGCGGAUUCAGUAUGCGGCCCGACAUCACAGCCACGUCCAAGUCGCGAUCGACGAUGAAAAACAGAAACGGAUGAUUCACAGAGAUCUGAAUCGGCUUCGAUUGGGCGCCGUAGUUGCCUAGAGAGCGAAAGGAAGUGUUUAUUGCACUUUGUCUCGUGUUGCAGAGGCUGCAACUGUUGCAACACCAUUAGGUGGGGCAUUCGCAAUGCGUUGCGGCUCAAUGCCUCCACUACACUCCAUUCAGGUGUGCUGCAAUGCGAGACACUUACGCUUCAGCUGAUUGAUGGGAUGCGUACGGAUGGUGACGUCUAUGGAUUGCUCAAUGUGCCGCACGUAGACGCCCUUCUCCUCAGUCAUGGGCCUGAAAUCGGCGCGAUUUGGUUCGAAUACGUCGCAGCUGCAAAGAAAUGUUACGUUAAGCCAGCAACUGGAGCUAUGACGCCCAUGCUUACAUUCCCAUCUGCAACAGAAAGCACAAAAACCAAAGUUAGCUCAAUAAAAUUGCACGA